AGAAAAAAAAAGAACAAUACACUUAACUCUCACUCGCUCUCUCUCUCUCUCUUUCGUUCUACCAUGGAGCUCUUUUCAUUCCCUUCUCUGCUCGUUCUCUCCACUAUCAUCGUCUUCUACAUCUCCAAGUUUGUUCUCAACAAAAGAAACCAGAGAAAUUGCUUCAUGCUUCACUACGAGUGCUUCAAGGGCAAAGAAGAGAGAAAACUCGACACCGAGACUUGUGCUAAGGUCGUUCAACGAAACAAGAACUUGGGUCUUGAAGAGUACAGGUUUCUCCUCCGUACGAUGGCUAGUUCUGGGAUAGGAGAAGAAACGUACGGCCCAAGAAACGUCCUUGAAGGCAGAGAGGACUCUCCAUCUCUCCUCGACGCUCACUCCGAGAUGGACGAGAUCAUGUUCGACACUCUCGACAAGCUUUUCCACAAGACAAAAGGCUUAGUCUCUCCUUCAGACAUCGACAUUCUCGUCGUAAACGUCUCUCUCUUCGCUCCAUCUCCUUCUCUAACCUCACGAGUCAUCAACAGAUACAAGAUGAGAGAAGACAUCAAAUCCUUCAACCUCUCGGGGCUAGGGUGUAGCGCGAGUGUUAUAUCAGUAGAUAUAGUGCAAAGGAUCUUCGAAACCCGCGAAAACGCUUUUGCACUCGUGGUUAGCACCGAGACAAUGGGUCCUCACUGGUAUUGCGGUAAAGAUAGGUCAAUGAUGCUCUCCAACUGUCUCUUUCGUGCCGGAGGAAGCUCUGUUCUGUUAACCAACGCAGCUAGGUUCAAGAGCCGGGCUUUGAUGAAGCUCGUGACUGUGGUCCGGGCCCAUGUGGGCUCUGAUGAUGAGGCCUACUCAUGCUGUAUGCAAAUGGAGGACAAAGAAGGCCAUCCAGGGUUUCUCUUAACCAAAUACCUAAAAAAAGCAGCGGCUAGAGCCCUAACCAAGAACCUCCAAGUUCUUCUCCCUAGAGUCUUGCCUAUCAAGGAACUACUCCGCUACGCGAUAGUCCGUGCGCUUAAACGAAGAACCACCGCAAAAGGAGAGUCGUCCGCGAGCUCGGGGAUAGGUCUAGACCUAAAGACAGGGUUACAACAUUUUUGUAUUCACCCUGGAGGAAGAGCGAUUAUUGAAGGGGUCGGAAAAAGCUUAGGGCUUACGGAAUUCGACAUCGAGCCAGCGAGAAUGGCGCUUCAUAGGUUCGGGAAUACUUCGUCUGGUGGUUUAUGGUAUGUUCUUGGUUACAUGGAAGCUAAGAAGAGGUUAAAGAAAGGUGACAAGAUAUUAAUGAUGAGUAUGGGAGCUGGAUUCGAGUCUAAUAAUUGUGUCUGGGAGGUUCUCAAGAAUCUUGAUGGUAAGAAUGUUUGGGAAGAUUCGAUCGAGCGAUAUCCGGGGAUGUCGAAAAUACCUAAUCCGUUCACUGAGAAGUAUGAUUGGAUCAACGACGAUACCAUGAGUUUUGUUCGUGUUUGAUUCAUCACAAGUAGGCAGAAAGAAAAACAAGAUCGGAUUUUUUUUUUUUUAUCAAUUUAAUAAGAAAUGUUUCUUAGGCGUUAUUUCGAAAUUUGGAUUAUUUGGAUUUUAGACCGACAAGUUGCUAUAGUCGAUUAUUGAUUUUUUUUUUUCCUUUUUCCCCAAUUUGAAUCUUAAAUAAAAGUAAAACUCCUAGUUGACAAGUAUACUCUCGCAGUUAUUAUUUCUUUUGAUGAUAUCUUCUUUGUUGUAAACAGCAAAUUGGUUGUAGAUUU